UCUACAUACAGUCCACUGGCUUCAAAACAAUCGACUCUGACUGCCGAUAUAUGCGACACAUGACUACAAGAAGCCACAAUGUGAUUCAAGAUGCUAGACACCAGUGUGUCGACAAAAUAUUGAAACACCGCCACAAGUGCCACUUCCUCACAAGCGCCGGCAGUGGUAGAGAAAGUUCCACAGCGUACCAAUAGCACAGCGGCCCGACAACUCUCCUGACUUUCGGGAAUCCCAUAUACUGACCCAUGAGUAUAAUCUCCAUCCAUCUUAUGCCGCAUCCAUCCCCUAAUUUGCGCGCUCGUAAUAACUUGAGCUUACAGAUGCAUGGUGUUAAGCCUCUGCCUGGGGUUAUGUUCGAAAUACUCGACAGAAUAGGAAGGCCAGAACUGACAUCUGCCGGCCCCUGCAUGGCGUUCUGCAGCCAUAAGCUUCGUGGAAUCGUGAUGAUGCUCUGGCAAGGGGCUAUGUUUAAUUGUUGUAAGAAGUGGUCAAUGCAUGGGCUUUUCCCCCAGCUUUGCCUGAUGGAGUCUAGUGUAGGGCUGUGUGCGGGUUAGCGCCAUCUGGAGGAUCUGCGUGAUUUGACAUCUGGUGAAGGGAAGGGAAGCCCUUCUGCGCCUCUUGGAUAUUUUGUCCAGAUUCGGCCACUAACAACCUCUGCUGCGAGAAAGUCUCUCGCCUCAAGAUGAUUCCAUCUUUGGGACGUUACACCGAGACGCUAUUCGCCAAAGACCGACCUGCCUUCGGGCGUCUGCAGUUGCUACACACACACACACACAUACACACACACACAGAGCAUCUCCAUCCGGUGCCCGGUGCUCAAUGACGUUCGUGGGGGGACCAAUGUCACAUGCUGACCGAACACAACUCCCCGCUCGGUCCUGAAGAUGUCUUCAACAACGAUGAUCCCCGAUAUACCGUGUGAAGACAAGUCUGCCAGCCAUAUGCCCUUCCAUCCGGCGAAUCAGUCAUAAUAUAAAACAGCAUCGUGCCAUGGUACGUGUCGACGCUUUGUCUAGGCAGAGGCAGCCGUAUCCACCCCCUCGCUAGCUAGCUCGACGUCGUUUAAGUAUGGGCGGUGACGGCAUCACAGCAUCUCAAACGCCCCAAAACGUCUUCCGGACUAGCAAUUCCGCACACUCUCGACAUUUUCCAUCCCGUAUUCCGCACUUGGCGGCACAUAAGUGAGCAGCCACGCCGGCGAGAGAAUGUUUCUAGAAGGGCUCUCCAGACCCAGCAUGCAGCCAUCGCCAGCCAUGGGCGCCAUGCCACCCAUAGCGAGCUCUUCCCCUUCUCGCUUGAGGUGAUCUCGUUGACGAAUCAGAUCUCGCGGGGACCUUUUUAAGAUUCGAGCCCCGGUCUCGUCUGGGAGCGCCGCCAAGCCUGAUCAUGUCCCCUUCUGCUGGGAGAACGCCUUCGCACAGGUGUCCCAACUAGGAAAGACCCCUGUCAUCUUCGUCUCUGCUCCACACCAGCACCGGCCAAUGGUUAGAUGGUGACAACACCAUCGAGAAUCGAGGGUUCAGACACAUUGGUGAAGGUCUCGCUUCACGACAGCAACACGCCCAGUUGCCCCGAGCGCCAAGGUACCCGUCUAACUAGAGGCUGUGGUGCCGCUGUCAGGGGCUGUGUGGGCAAUAUCAUGUCGUGGGCAGCGGGGGCUGCUUGGCGUUUUCUCCAGCUUCAUCACAUUUGCAGCCAGUUGCAGCCCAUAGCCCUAUGAAAAUCAACCCAUGAACCGAGGAAUUGACUCAAGGGUUCCGCGGGAGACACGAUACAACUCUGGUCAACCUCAACCGCCCCGGACUUGAACCUGCGGCCUCCUGUGCACCUCCUCCAUCCUCCACACCCCAACUCUGCUUAUUAUAAGACCUCAGCCGGACAGGCUCCUUCCUAGGCAUUCUCCCCACACCUCGGCCGCCACUCAAACACAGCAUUCUCGUUCUCAUUCGACAUCCUCAACGACUGCCUUGUGCCUCCUUCCGGAUAGCGUCAGCUCCCUCCCGGUGAGCAGCCAUAGCAGACGGCCACUGAGACGGACGACCGACCCCAGCUCGGGAGCUAACUUGAGGCUCUUUGGUCGAUGCCAGCGGCGAGUGAGACUGUGCCGUCAGACGCGUUGUGUUGAACCCGGGACUUGUACCGUGUUUGGCAUCAACCAGCCAGUUCCAAUCUUCAAAAUGGUCUAUUGUGGGAAGCCAAGUAAAGGAUGCUCCAACUGUCGUGAUCGAAAGAUUCGCUGUGAUCAGAGAGCACCAGGAUGCGGCCAGUGCGAAAAGAGGCAUCAGACAUGCCCUGGCUAUCGAAAUCUAGUGGAUCUCAUGUUCCGCGAUGAGAGCUCCCACGUCAUCAAGAAGGCCAAGGCGAGGGCCCGCAAGAAGGGGAAUCUGAUCGUCGAGCCAUCAACACCGUCUGGAUCCGAGGGGAGGUUGUCAGUCACACCAGAACCUCGGGGAAAGCCAUCGGUAACGAUAGUAGUUCCCGCCACGCCAGCCCCAACCAGUCCCGCAGAUUCGGAUGCAUGGGGAUUCGACGACAGCCUACUGAUGUCACCAGAAUCGGGAAGCUGGCCAACAACACCUCCCGCCAUGGCACUCUACAACAUUCCGGCGGUAUGCCAGGAACACGGCUUUGCCUUCUUCUUUUCACGAUUUGUGACAGCACACGAAACGGCCUGUCACCAGAAAUUCGACUUUGUCCGAGAAGUCUGGAAGCCCUCCCGGACCAAGCGGGAGCGGCAGGUCGACUCUGUCCUCGCCAGCUUGACAGCGGUGGGACUGAUGGGCAUGGCUAGUUUACAACGGAGGAACGAUCUGAUGGAUGCUGCGAGGAAGUCGUACGGGGUAGCGUUGGGACUGACCAAGGAUGCGUUGAAAGAUCCGGCAGAGGCGGUCAAGGACAGCACCAUGCUUUCCAUCUUGAUCCUCGGUGUCUUUGAAAUGAUGGCCGAGAGCCCAGCGCGAGCACGAACAGUCACUGCUUUCCAGGAGCAUGUCAACGGUGCUGCCGCCUUGGCUAGAAUACGAGGACCAGCCCAGUUCCAGACCCGAGCCGGAAGACGAAUGUUUUCGAUGCUCUGCCAAAGAGUUGUGAUCAGCUGCGCAAUGAAAGAUAUGCCUAUGCCACAACACUUGAAGGAGCUUUGGCAUGAGAUGGCCAAGACUCUGGAGCCUGAGGACCCUACCAGACACCUCAUGCCCCUGGUGUGGCGGGUUCUUCAACUCCGUCACGAUAUCAAGAAUCAUGUCCUUACCGAUCCAGAGAUCAUUGUCGAGCAAAUCCUCUCUAUCGAGAACGACCUCGAAAAAGUGACAGACAACAUGGCCCCGUCAUGGCGAUACCGUCAGUUCAAGGUAACCCAGCACCACGACGCCGUCUUCGAGGGCUACUGCCACCUAUACCCCUCCCUCCACCACGCCAACAUCUGGAAUUGCAUCCGGACUACCCGCAUUCUGAUACUGGAGACCAUUCUGUCUCAAAUAUCCGAGGACUUUUCCUCUUUCAACCCACGUCUCAAUUCGAGCCGCUACAUCGAAGAGUACAACCACGCCCGCCGUAAACUCAAACGCCUCGUCUACGAUAUCUGCGCCUCGGUCCCCCAACACCUAGGACUAAUGGACCCAGUAGACGGCUCCAUCGGCUCCCAAGACGAAGACGACACCUCCGCCCGCAUCGCCACCGUCGAGGUCCGCGAGACCCCCAGCCCACCAACCUCGCCUUCCUCUCGAUCGUGCGACUCCACCAGCCCUUCCGAACCCCGCCGUCACCUCGCCGGCCUGACAAUCCUCGACGUGACAAAAGCCCGCGACGAAGACGACGAAGCAGAGCGGUACAUGCUCCUCGUAUCAGCAACCAGCACCGUCGUCUGGCCGUUGUAUCUGGUGGGGAUGAGCACUGCUUGCACCGAAGAAAUGAAACACUGGGUUGUGGGAAGACUGAGAAUGGUGACGAUGGAGACGGGGAUCAAGCAGGCGGAUGCGCUGGCUAAUCUUAUUGCUGAUGAGGGGGGUGUUGGCGGGGUGGACUGGAUUGAUCCUACUUUGGAGCAGACAAUGGGGGGAGAUGGGCUGUUGUUGUCGCCGGAUAUGCUAUCGCAUGAUGGGUGGGGGAAUGGAGGGGGGUUGUAUGGAUUGGGGUUGUCGCCGUUGCAGGUGCCGAUGGAGUAUAUGGGGGAUGAUUUUGGGGUGGGGGUUGGGGGGGGGGAUUUGGUUUGGGUUUGA